AUGGCCAACACCGAGGAGCAGGCACGACACUGCCAGCAAGCAUUUGCUGUCCUGAAGAGACAUUUGACCAUCAAACCGAUCCUGGCGUACCCAAUGGAGGAGGGCUUGUUUAUAAUGGACACGGAUGCAUCCCAACAUGAAAUAGGAGUAGUACUUUCCCAGGUACAAGAGGAAGAAGAAGUCGUCAUCAGCUAUUUUAGUAAGUCCCUGGGAACGAUCGAAAAAAAUGACUGCGUUACUAGAAAAGAACUCCUCGCAGUGGUCAAAGCGGAGGACAAGGAUACCCAGCUACCAGAAGAGGAACUUCCCAACAGACGUUAUAAGGUAAAGGGCAGAGACUCCUUUAUGGACAUCUCUGAUAGGGAGAUGAGCUCCCCUACCUCCCGCCGCUUCGGGUUCCCUCUGACCCGAAGGGUAGCAACCUGUAAGGAUCCCUUGUCCAGGGAUACAGACAGACAAUUUGAGGAAUCACCUGACCAUGGUGUGGUACGGUCGUUAACAGCCUCUGAGAGUGACACUACCUUCCUGACGAGGCAAGACAUCAUCGUAGCGCAGAAGGAGGAUCCUGUCUUGAAAACUGUUCGAAAAUGGAUUGCCAAAGGAGUGACGCCUGAAUGGCAAGAGAUUUCCAAGCACGGCCAGCAGGAAAAGGGUUACUGGCUCCAAUGGGACUCCAUGAGCAUUCAAGAUGACCUACUCACUCGGAAAUCGAAAGCCCGAAUGGAAGAACCCACAUAUUCCAGAUGA